AUGCCCAUCGCGCAGCAGAUGGAUGGGAAUGCCGGGGCAGAUAUGACCGACCUCGACACGUCUCCGGACUGGCCCACAUUGCCUAGCGAUGAGACCUUACACCAAGCCUACGAAAUCGAACUCGAGACACAGAAUGGCGACACUAUACGCUUCGGCGAACUGGUAGCUGGCAAAGGCGAUUCAAUUACCACGAUAGUGAUAUUUGGUGAGAACCUACGCUGCGUUCCAUUCAGAGACUCGGUUAUAUAA